AUGACUUCCAUCUAUAAGUCAACAGAACCCUCUGUAUCCAUCUUCAACACACCUUCCUACAACCCUCAACUAGUAGAAGGUGUCGACUCAGUCCUCAUCAUCGGUUCAGGUGGUCUAUCCAUCGGACAAGCUGGUGAAUUCGACUACAGUGGGUCUCAAGCCAUCAAAGCUCUAAAGGAAUCCAACAAGAAGACAAUCUUGAUUAACCCAAACAUCGCUACAAAUCAAACUUCUCAUUCUCUAGCGGACAAGAUCUACUACUUGCCCGUCACACCAGAAUAUAUCACAUAUAUUAUCGAACGUGAAAGACCUGACGCUAUCUUACUAACUUUUGGUGGACAAACUGGGUUGAAUUGUGGUGUCGAAUUGGACAGAACUGGAAUCCUAAAGAAAUAUAACGUUAAAGUGCUAGGGACACCAAUCAAGACUCUAAUUACCUCCGAGGAUAGAGACCUUUUCGCUAACGCUUUGAAAGAGAUAAAUAUUCCAAUUGCCAAUUCCAUUGCCUGUGCUACCGUGGACGAAGCUUUAGCCGCCGCUAAUAGUAUCAAGUACCCUGUCAUUAUCAGAUCAGCUUAUGCUCUAGGUGGGUUGGGGUCCGGGUUCGCUAAUAACGACCAGGAAUUGAAACAAUUAUCCUCUCAAUCAUUAUCCCUAUCACCUCAAAUCUUGGUCGAAAGAUCCAUGAAAGGUUGGAAGGAAGUGGAAUACGAAGUCGUUAGAGAUAGAGUCGGAAAUUGUAUCACCGUGUGUAACAUGGAAAAUUUCGAUCCAUUGGGGGUACAUACAGGUGAUUCCAUCGUCUUUGCGCCAUCUCAAACUUUAUCCGAUGAAGAAUACCACAUGUUAAGAUCCGCCGCUAUCAAGAUCAUCAGACAUUUGGGUGUCAUUGGGGAAUGUAACGUCCAAUACGCUUUGCAACCAGAUGGGUUGGACUACUGUGUCAUCGAAGUCAACGCCCGUUUGUCUCGUUCUUCUGCUUUGGCUUCCAAGGCUACCGGUUACCCAUUAGCUUAUACUGCCGCCAAGAUCGCUUUGGGGUACACAUUACCUGAAUUACCAAACCCAAUUACAAAAACUACAGUGGCUAAUUUUGAACCUUCUUUGGAUUACAUCGUCGCUAAGAUCCCUAAAUGGGACUUAUCCAAAUUCCAAUACGUGGAUAGAUCCAUUGGUUCCUCCAUGAAAUCAGUAGGGGAAGUUAUGGCCAUUGGUAGAAAUUACGAAGAGGCAUUCCAAAAGGCAUUGAGACAAGUGGACCCAUCUGUAUUGGGGUUCCAAGGAUCAGAUGAAUUUGGUGAUAAAUUAGAUGACGCUUUGGCCGUACCAACUGAUAGAAGAGUCCUUGCUAUUGGUCAAGCUUUGAUUCAUGAAAAUUACACAGUCGAUAGAGUACAUGAUUUGACUAAGAUUGACAAGUGGUUCCUUUUCAAAUGUAUGAAUUUGGUUAACAUGUACAAGGAAUUGGAAGCAGUCAAUUCAUUAGACUCCCUAGAGAAGGAUCUAUUACAGAGAGCUAAGAAAUUGGGGUUCUCUGAUAAGCAAAUCGCUGUUUCCAUUAGUAAGAAUGCCUGCACCAAUGUUGGUGAAUUGGAAGUUAGAAAAUUGAGAAAAUCAUUCGGUAUUGUCCCAUUCGUCAAGAGAAUCGAUACUUUAGCCGCUGAAUUCCCUGCAACGACAAACUAUCUUUACAUUACUUAUAACGCAACUAAGAAUGAUGUGGAAUUCGAUGACCAUGGUAUGCUGGUCCUUGGUUCAGGUGUUUACCGUAUUGGGUCCUCUGUAGAAUUCGAUUGGUGUGCCGUUAACACUGCCAAGACUCUAAGAGAUGAAGGUAAGAAGACAAUUAUGAUCAAUUAUAAUCCAGAAACAGUCUCUACAGAUUUCGAUGAAGUGGAUAGAUUAUAUUUCGAAGAGUUAUCAUACGAAAGAGUCAUGGAUAUCUACGAAUUGGAACAAUCUGAAGGUUGUAUCAUCUCUGUCGGUGGUCAAUUACCACAAAAUAUCGCCCUUCCAUUAUACGAAAAUGGUUGUAAAAUUUUAGGUACCUCUCCAGUGGAUAUUGAUAGAGCCGAAGAUAGACACAAAUUCUCUUCCAUCUUGGAUUCCAUUAAUGUGGGUCAACCUGCAUGGAGUGAAUUGACUUCUGUUGAUGAAGCUAAGGUAUUUGCUGAUAAGGUUGGAUACCCAGUAUUAAUUCGUCCCUCAUACGUUCUUUCUGGUGCUGCCAUGAGUGUGGUCAAUAACGAAGAUGAAUUGAAAUUGAAACUAACUUUGGCUUCUGAUGUCUCUCCAGAUCAUCCAGUGGUUAUGUCCAAAUUCAUUGAAGGCGCUCAAGAAAUUGAUGUCGAUGCAGUGGCAUAUAAUGGGAAAGUGUUGAUUCAUGCUAUCUCUGAACAUGUGGAAAAUGCAGGUGUUCAUUCUGGUGAUGCCUCUUUAAUCUUACCACCACAAAAUCUUUCUGAUAAAGUGAAGGCCAAUUUGAAGGAAAUUGCUGACAAGGUUGCUGAUGCAUGGCACAUUACAGGUCCAUUCAAUAUGCAAAUUAUUAAAGAAGGUGAUAAACCUUUGAAGGUUAUUGAAUGUAACAUUAGGGCUUCCAGAUCUUUCCCAUUUGUCUCUAAGGUUUUGGGUAAGAAUUUCAUUGAAGUUGCUGUAAGGGCUUUCCUUGGUGGUGAUAAGGUUCCAGAACCAGUUGAUUUGAUGUUGGGUAAGAACUACAACUAUGUUGCCAUUAAAGUUCCACAAUUUUCAUUUACCAGAUUAGCUGGUGCCGAUCCAUUCUUAGGUGUAGAAAUGGCUUCCACUGGGGAAGUUGCUUCAUUUGGUAAGGAUAUACUAGAGAGCUACUGGACUGCCAUGCAAAGUACAAUGAAUUUCCAUGUUCCUUUACCUGGAAGUGGUGUUCUACUUGGUGGUGAUUUGUCAAAGGAAUAUUUGGGUCAAGUUGCCUCUAUACUGGCACCAUUGGGAUACCAUCUAUACACAACUAACGAAACUACACAGAAAUAUAUUCAAGAUCAUGUUGGGGCUAACUCUCCUGUUAAUAUCAUUGAGUUUCCAAGAAACGAUAAGAGGAAGUUACGUGAACUAUUCCAAAAAUACGAUAUUAAAUCAGUGUUUAACUUGGCUUCCAAGAGAGCUGAGAAUACAGAAAAUUUGGAUUACAUCAUGAGAAGAAAUGCCAUUGAUUUCGCUAUCCCAUUAUUCAAUGAACCACAAACUGCUUUAUUGUUCGCUAAGGCUCUAAGUGCAAAGGUGGCAGAAAAGGUUAACGCUUUAGCAUCUGAUAAAGUUAUUGUUCCAAGCGAGGUUCGUACUUGGGAAGAAUUUGUUGGUUUCAGAGCUGAUUAA